AUGGACACUACAGCGGUGUUGGACAAGUACACGCAGGAUCUCCUGAAUCUACCGCUUGAAGUGAAACAUCUAUUUGAUGAAAUCAAGACAAAGGACCUCCAGCUCGCUGAAGCCAGGCGGCGUUACCAAAGCAAAGACUCCCAGCUCCACAAGUUCAUACGCACAAAUGGCACCCUCGCCAAGCACCCAAAGGAGGUGCAAUUAAAUCAGAAAAUCGAAGAAGAGUUGAAACAGAUGCAGAGUAUACAAAAGGAGAAGAUUUUACUUGCGAACACGGCCCUUUUCCUAGUGUCAAAACACAUGUUCAACUUUGAGGUGGAUAUCCAAAAGCUCGAACGCGAUGACCUUCUAGCUCCUGUGGAUGAAGAUGCUUUAGAAGAGUCGGUUGAUGAGACUGCAUCAGCAACGCCGCGAGACACCCCAGAUCCAGUUAGAAAGAAGAGAUCAUACUCUGUGAUGAGGAGAUAUAAGAGACUUAAGUCGGAGGACUAUGAUGAUGGAAGACUGGAGGAAAGCACGCCAGAGGUUUCCUCCAGAGCGGCGCAUGCUGGUCCGAGAGCUCCUUCAGGCGCAGCAGGCGAAGACGCCGAUAACAACUUGUAUUGUUUCUGUCAACGCGUUUCCUUUGGUGAGAUGAUCGGAUGCGACAAUGACGACUGCAAGUACGAGUGGUUCCACUGGUCGUGUGUGGGCAUAACCAGUCCGCCUAAAGAUGACGACAUCUGGUAUUGCCCUGACUGUGCCCCCAAGAUGGAGAAGAGGAAGAAGAGAAAGAAGUGA